AUGGAUAGCUUCACCCGUCACCUCAUUUCUGAAUGGGUGCUGGAUCUCUGGUACUCCCGGAUAACACCGGAUAAGCAAGGCCCUGAAGAACUGGUGUUCAUUAUUAACGAUGUUCUCGGGGAACUUUCACGGAGGUUUAGAAACGUAAAUCUUAUAGAUUUAUUGACAAGGGAUCUAAUUGAUAUUAUAUGUCGUCAUGUGGAGCUUUUCCGUGAGUUUCAAGCAAAGAUUGAGAGACAACAAAGGAGAAGCCUCAGUUUUGAAGACCGAGACUCAGAACUAAAACGUGUGAUGGCCGCUGAAGAUAAAUUGCACCCUGCAUUAUUCUCUCUUGAAUCGGAGCAUAAGGUUCUGCAGCAUAUAAUGGACCGUCUCAUUUCACUAACAUUUAGGCCAGAGGAUCUGCAUUGUUCUUUUUUCCAUUAUACCGUGAGGGAGCUUCUUGCUUGCUGUGUGAUGCGACCAGUCCUAAAUUUAGCCAAUCCUCGGUUCAUGAAUGAGAGGAUUGAAGCUGCUGUGAUAUCAAAGAUAAAGACUAAUGACGGAUCUAGUGCUGCAGAAGAGACUACUGAAUCUGAAGAUCUCUCGCAAGUUUCUCCUGAUCAUUUUUCUAGAUAUCUGGACCCCUCUGUCACAGGCGUUGAGCUCGUGCAAUUGAAAAACGAACAGCAGAAAAAGAAAAAUGCUACAGAUAAACAGCAUGUAACAGAUCUCUCCAAAGAUCCAUUGCUUUCAAUGGACACUAGAUCUUCCCGAUCGUGGAACUCAUUCCCCUUAACUUCCAAAAUAGUUGAUGAUAGUAAAGAUCUUCAAGGACAUCGAGGAGGAGAUGGAUGGGGUGAUGUAUUAGACAUGAUGUCACAAAGGAAAACUGAGACCCUUGCUCCCGAGCAUCUUGAAAGCGUGUGGGCGAAGGGAAGAAAUUAUAAAAAGAAGGAAGGUGAGAAAGGUGUUGAGCGGGUGCCCCCAAGAUGGUCUAGCAAGGAAUCAUGCAACGAUGGUGAUGAUGCACGGCCUAAUAACUUCAACAAAAACACUGAGAAUGCAAGAGGAUCCAGUCAGCAUAAGGAAGUAAAUACAGACAGUCACUUAUCAAGUUAUUCCUCUGCUGAAGAGGACGAGGAGCAAACAAAGAGUAGUCAUUCUUAUACAUCUGAGGAUGAGGAAACGGUAACAGGUCUAAAUAGUCCUGGGACUCGAGUCUGGGAUGGUCGAACGAAUAGAAAUCCUGGUGUUUCACGGAUACACCAUCCACUUGAAAAUUCUGGCCGCCGUCUCAAACAAACCGAUAAAGGGCUUGGACAUUAUCAGCAAGUACCCAUGCACCAAUCUAGCAGGAAGAGAUCCAGACAUUCUGGACACAUUCUACGCGAUGACAAUAGUGAUGAUUCUGAAAAUGAUUCUUUGGCUAGAUCAUACAGUGGAAUAUCUGCAACCUCGUCUGCAUCUUACAUUUCAGUGACGGAAAGUGACCUUCCCAAUGCCCCUAGAAGUUCUUUGUUGGUUGAUUCUUUUGCCAAAUUGAGAUGUGAGGUUCUGGGUGCCAAUAUUGUGAAGAGUAGUUCUAAGAUGUUUGCUGUGUAUUCAGUUUCUGUCACAGAUGAAAGUAAUCAUAGCUGGUCUAUCAAAAGAAGAUUUCGACAUUUUGAGGAGCUUCACCGGCGGCUUAAAGUGUUUCCCGAGUACAAUCUUCAUUUGCCGCCGAAGCAUUUCCUAUCAACAGGCGUGGACAUACCUGUUAUCCAAGAGCGAUGUGUACUACUUGAUGAUUAUCUCAAGGUUAACUGUGAAUUAGCGUUUGUGCUUUCAUGUUUGGGUAGUUACCGCCGAAGCUUUUGUGCUUUAGUUUUUCUACUGGAUUUCGUUUUCUAUUCUUCCACGUUAACUAUUGUGAAUGAAAAUCUUUGCAUUGAAGUGAUUCCCCAGUUUUCCUUAGUCUGCGACUUAUCCUUUCUCUACUUUGUUCAGAAGCUUUUGCAGCUACCAAGAAUUUCAGGAUCGAUUGAAGUUUGGGACUUCCUCAGUGUCGAUUCCCAGACUUAUGCGUUCUCAAGUUCUUUCUCAAUCAUUGAAACGCUGACGGUUAAACCUGGCCGUAAGACAUCUACCGUUUCUACAAAUAUGGCCAAUAUGACUGAGGGGACUCCAGGUCCUCUUCCUUCGAGUGAAAACCUGAGUUCAGAGAAUGGGAAAUCGGGUCAACAUAUGAAGAAUAACGUUAUGGUGGAUGAUUUGAAGUCUAAAGUGAAAGCUCCUGGAAAUGAUCAUAUAAGGGCGCCUGAUUCAGAUGUGAAAAAUAGCAAAGAGAAUGGCGGACUAAAAGUGGGUACUCCACAUGCUGAUGAUGUGGCCUCCUACGGCCUCCCCACAGAGUGGGUUCCUCCAAAGCUAACAUUGCCCCUGCUAGACUUGGUAGAUGUUGUCUUUCAGCUCCAGGAGGGUGGGUGGAUCAGGCGGAAAGCGUUUUGGGUUGCCAAACAGAUACUUCAACUUGGAAUGGGCGAUGCAUUGGACGAUUGGGUACUUGAGAAAAUCCGUCUUCUACGUCGGGGAACUGUAGUUGCUUCGGGAAUUCAACGGGUUGAACAGAUACUAUGGCCGGAUGGGUUCUUCAUCACAAAGCAUCCAAAAAGGCAGCAACAAUCCAGCAGUUCUGACGAGGAGCAGCAGCAAGAAGCAGAGAGACGAGCCAAAUUUGUUCAUGAGCUGAUGAUCGAAAAAGCCCCUGCUACUAUAGUGAGUCUUGUGGGACACAAGGAGUAUGAACAAUGUGCGGAAGAUCUCUACUUCUUCCUUCAGUCAUCGGUGUGCCUGAAACAUUUGGCGUUUGACCUUUUGGAGCUGUUGCUACUCUCGGCGUUUCCAGAAAUGGAGCAGGCUUUCAAACAGUUGCACAACGAAAAACACCUCUUUGGUCAAUUCACACCACCAACUUGA